CUCUACGCCGUCGUGAUGAACAGAAUCCUUUUCAACAUUCUGCUCAUCGUCGCAAUGUUCUUCAUUGCCUGCAAUGCUGGUAAUGGCGAAGAAGCCAAAACAGAAGAUGAAGGCAAGAACACUACCGCCGCAGCAGCGGACCCAUCCGUGACCACAGCAGCUCAGUCAGACACAACCAGCGGUGCUUCGGCUUUAUUGAUGGCCCAGGCUUGCCUUAUGUCCCUGCCUCUUUUCCUGCUCGCCAACUGA